AUGCGCCCUGUAUGCAUGACUGUUGAAUCUUUCUUCGAACCGACGGAUACUCGCAUGGAUGGAUGGCGAUGGAUGCACGCUGUCAAGGCCAAACAGGGUGGAACAAAUGAGCCUCGUCUUUGCAGAGCGCCUUCCCUCAGCAUUAUGCGUUGCUGCCACCCCUCAAUCACCCUCCGUGCUUCUUUCCUAUCCGAGUACGUACGUGCUUGGUGGGGAAUCACCACCGCAACAUCUCUUCACCCUCACCGUCAAUCAACCAAACCUCCUGGCGUAUACCAACCAACCUAUACGCCAGGCCUUCCCUCGUCGACAGCACAGACACCACGUUGUUCAACCCCACGGACCGAACCUCAGCCUUUCAAACCGGUGCCCGAACUUCAGCGCUGACGUGCGUCCGCAGAAAAUCGUCUUGUCGCCAGCCAACCAGAACCACCCAUGCCUACCUCCUAUGACCACAACU